AUGGGACAAUCCGAGUGGUUCACCCGAGGCUGGACUCUGCAGGAAUUACUUGCACCGAAAGGUCUGUACAAAGCCCUAGUAUGGGACGAGUCCAUUAACGUUGAACAUCUAGAUGUGUAUUUCUUUGACGCGGGUUGGAACCUCCUAGGCGAUCGCCUCUCCCUCGUGGACUCCAUCCAUGAGGCUACUAACAUCCGCAAAGACUUACUACGUGGAGAAGUGAAGCUACAUGACUGCUCAAUCGCAGAACGCAUGUCUUGGGCGGCCAGAAGAACAACGAAAUGUAUCGAAGAUAGGGCAUACAGCCUGUUCGGUAUCUUCCAAGUGCACUUGCCUAUGCUGUAUGGGGAAAGAGAAGCCGCCUUCCAGAGACUGCAGCAGGCAAUCUUGAAGUUCGCAGAAGACGACACGUUGUUCGCUUGGACCGGAGUUUCGACGGAUUUCGGUGGGCUGCUUGCACCGAAUUUAGAGGCUUUCAGGGACGGAGCCAAGUAUCGCGCUUCUGCUGAAGGGCCAAAUCUAAGGAUAUCUGGAUCGGAUGCUACUGAACGUCGAAUCGGAUUUACGACGCAUCUAUACCCUUGGUGCACGGACACAUAUGUCGCCUUCCUUGGGUGCGAAAGGAUAGAGCAUGGGCACGCUGGUGAAACCAAUAGUAUCGUUGGAAUCUACCUCCGUACCUUGAAAGAGGAUGACGACUUCGCGAGAGUUGAGAUUGAUGGUAAAGACAUGGCCUUCUUCACUGCCGACGAGUAUCUAGCACUCCUCAGCAAGGGAAAGACAGAGACAAGAACACCCUAUAAGCCAAUUGCCAAAAAAACCUGGAUGAUGGAGAGGUCGAUUUCAGUCCGCCAGCUACCGCUUUCACAAGAACACCAAAGUUACCUGAAGCCUAGAGUCUAUGGAUUCAGUUUCUCGAUGCCAGUUGCAAGACAUCUAGCAUACUUUAUAGACCACGAUGGAGCACUAGUCGACCACAUGAAAAGGCAGCAUAACGUUUACAACAUGUCGUACGACGAGUCAACUUCGAGGUGGGAUCCGGAGAAAGGCAUCCUAUGGGCCUACAACGGCGCAGUCUUGGAGCGAGGUAUAAUCGGGACUCUCAAAUCGCCGCAUUUUUCCGAAACUCGCAACCAGUCAAAAACGAUACGAGACAUUCAUUUUGGCUUCGACCACUUUUUCAAUCCGACGUUAUUCAUCCGCCACAACGAAUUGAUAAACGCAAAAGAAAACAUUGAUAACUUCUGCGAUAAAACUGGACUGUCUGAUCGUUCGGUUGUGCUCUACGAACCAAAGUCCAACGGUGGAUUUGACGCCUUUGGCGGAUUUGGCAACGGAUUUAACGCGGAUGUUUCUCCAAAGCUCAUCAAGCCCAAUGAAGAGGCCAACUUUUGGACCGAAACAAGCUUGCAACGAUCUGGAGAUCUUACUCAUCCAGAGCGGAACUUCUGGGCAUUCAAGGGAGACAGACAGAGCGGCUUGGACACGUGCUUGACCGGCUUGACCGGCUGGGAAGGUGCCAGGACUAGAUUGACAAAGCUUGAAACCAGCAAGGGACUCGUUUGGGAUCUUGAAAUGGACGAAUAUGGAGGGGAUUUUGCGCGCGUUGUCUCAGGCUCUAGCAUCAAGAAGAAAAAGAAGAGCCGUAUUUAG